CCACCCCCAUCAUCAACCUCGCCUCCUGCACGUUUUUGGGGCAAGAGGGAAGAGAGAAACGAGAUGGGGCUUGGUGAUAAUGCGUUCUCUCUCGCUUUGCUGAUCUUCCUUCUUGUUAUUCCACAUCUUGUGCUGUCUGCUCCACUUCAUGACCCUGAUGUCGUGGUAGAAGAAGUUAAUAGGAGCAUUAAUGCGUCGCGGAGGAACCUAGCCUACCUCUCAUGCGGCACCGGCAACCCAAUCGAUGACUGCUGGCGGUGCGACCCGAACUGGGAGAGCAACCGGCAGCGCCUCGCCGACUGCGCUAUUGGGUUUGGGAAGAACGCCCUCGGGGGGAAAAAUGGCCGGAUCUACGUUGUCACGGACUCGGACGACGACGACCCGGUGAACCCCAGGCCAGGCACCCUGCGGCACGCCGUGAUCCAGGACGAGCCCCUCUGGAUCAUAUUCAAGAGGGACAUGGUGAUCAGGCUCAAGAACGAGCUGGUCAUGAACUCCUUCAAGACCAUCGACGGGCGAGGAGCGAGCGUCCACAUCGGCGACGGGCCGUGCAUCACCAUCCACUACGCCACCAACAUCAUCAUCCACGGCAUCAACAUCCACGACUGCAAGCAAAGCGGCAACGCCAUGAUAAGGGACUCCCCCAGGCACUACGGGAUGUGGACAGUGUCGGACGGUGACGGCGUGUCGAUCUUCAACAGCAAGCACAUAUGGGUUGACCACUGCUCGCUGUCGAAUUGCCACGACGGGCUCAUCGACGCCAACCACGGAUCGACCGCCAUCACAAUAUCGAACAAUUACAUGACGCAUCAUGACAAGGUCAUGCUCUUGGGCUCCAGCGACUCGUACACUCAGGACAAGGACAUGCAGGUCACCGUUGCUUUCAACCAUUUUGGAGAAGGGUUGGUGCAAAGAAUGCCCAGAUGUAGGCUUGGGUAUUUUCAUGUGGUGAACAAUGACUAUACUCAUUGGGAAAUGUAUGCCAUUGGAGGGAGUGCAUCUCCUACCAUCUACAGCCAAGGCAACAGAUUUCUAGCACCUGAUGCCAGAUUCAGAAAGGAGGUGACAAAGCAUGAGAAUGCGCCGGACAGCGAGUGGAGGAGUUGGAACUGGAGGUCGGAGGGCGACAUGUUUCUGAACGGCGCCUUCUUCCGGCAAUCAGGGGCAGGCGCGUCGUCAACAUACGCAAGGGCCUCCAGCCUCAGCGGGAGGCCGUCGUCGAUGGUGGCUGCCAUGACCGCCACCGCUGGCAUGCUCAACUGCAGGAAGGGCUCCCGGUGCUGAUUCCCCCGGCCGCCCUUAUUUAAAAGGGCAUCAUCAACAAAUUAAUCACUAUCGAAAUGAAGCGCUUUCCGCGCAUGGCUAUUCAUCAAAUUAGCUGCUUCUUCUUUUGUCUUUUUUUUUCUUUUUUUAGUUCGACUUGUUUAACGAGACCUCUCUCUCUGUCUCUCGGGACAAUGACCAGCGAGAAUGUUUGUAAUCGUCUUGGCCGUAGUAUGAUGUACGAGUUUAUCAGGAAACGAAGAAGAUUAAAGAGGAGAAGCGUUGAUUAAAA